UUGUGGAGUGAAUAGAUUAGUUCUUUAUUGGGCAUGUGGGUUUUAGGUACCUGUAGGAUACCCAGAUGGUGGGGAGAGGGGUGUCCUGAGAUAGGAGGAUGUAUGGAUCUGAACUCGGGGAGAAGACUUUCCUGGAGUAUAGAUGCGUAUCAUCAGUGUGCACAUGUGAGUAAAGCCUGAGAGUGCAAGUGUACUGAGCUCUUGUUUCAGGCUUUAUGUUAAGGACUUUGUAUCAUCACCACCAUCAUCACCAUCCAUCUUCACAGCUAACAUUUACUAAGCACUUACUACCUGCCAACCUGCCGUUUAAGUGCUCUGCCUGCAUUAUCUCAUUCAUUUCUCACAACCAAGAAAGGGAAGUGUGAUUCUAAUUUUAGCUAUAACUGAGGAUUAGAGAAAUUAAGUAACUUGCCCUAGGUCAUACUGCUAGAGUUAUGAAACCAGAAACACCUAAGUGGGUUUGUAGAAUGAGAGAAGAGGAGAAAGGACAGAGAGCCGUGAAGACAUCGAUAUUUUUUUUUUUCUUUUAAAAAAUAAUUUGCUUUUUUAAAAUUAAUUUUGUAUUUAAUUUUAAAAAUCAAAGUGUCGCAUACAUGGAAUGUUAUGCACAACUUCUAAGUGUACAGCUCAAAACAAUGUGAACACAGCAGUGCAGUGACCACCAUGCAGAUCAAGCAACAGAAUGUUGCUAACGCCCCAGACGCAUUCCUUAAGCUACCUCCCUCAUUCCCUGUCCCCACUCAAAGGUAAACCCAACUUGGGCUGCUUUCACCAUAGAUUAGUUUUGUUUCAAAUGUGAACAUUUAAGGGGUGGGGAAAGGAAAGAUGAGCUUAAAACGGUGACUAAGAUAAACUGGUCAGAGAAAUAGGAGGAUGUCAAGAGAGCUGGAUCUAGGUUCCAGCCCUCAUGCGCACACACCAACUGGAAGCUAGUGAUACAAAGUAACAGAGAUCCUGGAAAAUCCCUUUUUGGCAGCAGUGGGAAAUGCAACAAGAUUAAAUUCCUGGAGUAGUUGGUAGUGACAGCAGUUCUAGCAAGUGUAUUCAUGCCCGGGACAGUCAAUGAGGCAAGCUACAGCACUUCAUGUUUGGGGGCAGCACUGAGAAAACUGGUGAGUGAUUUGGGGUGAUUUUCCUUGUUAUGUGUACUCCAGGUUGGAUUCUUCAGACUCUUAGCAAUUUUCUGAACUAACCAAUAUAAUCUGUUAUCUAUUACCUUACUAGGUCAAGAGAGAAAACCUUUAUAAUUGUUGUGAAAGAAUAUUGGUUGCCUACCCAACAGUCAUUCUCUUGUCUUUUUUGAAACAGAACUCUGCUUUUUUUGGGGGGGGUGGGGGGCGUGGGGAAGCAUGUGCCUAGCCCCAGGGUAUAAAUCAUAAUUGGUUUAUGUCCAUUCUAUUUUAUGUAAUACCAUCCUUUUCCCAACAUGUAUUAACUCUCAUCUUUACAACAAUCCUGCAAGGCAGGUAUUUUCCUUUUUACUGGUGGGAAAACUCAAGCUCAGAGGAGCGACUGGUUUUGAACACAGAUCUGACUUUUUUUUUUUUUAAUAUUUAUUUAUUUUUUUAUUUGGCUGCACCGGGUCUUAGUCCAGGCACGUGGGAUCUUCUUUGCUGCAUGCAGGAUCUGCAUUGAGGCAUGCAGGAUCUUUAGUUGUGGCAUGUGGGAUCUAGUUCCCUGACCAGGGAUUGAACCCUGGACCCCCUGCAUUGAGAGCCUGGAGUCUUAGCCACUGAACCACCAGGGAAGUCCCUUCAUAGCUCUACUCAUCUGGAGUAAUUUUGUACAUCUUUCAUGACUAAGGUUGAGGCUAUUCUACUUUUCUGUUUGACCUAUCAGAGUGUCCUGUCUGCUUCCUUCCUCAUCACCCUUGACAAUCUGGGAGCUCCUUAGGGCGACUCACUACCUCUCAGGAACAGUUCCUAAUGACUUCCAGGAACCCCUCACCCUCCAGAAGUGUGUCUAAUGACUUCCAGGAUGUUCUCCCCCCACCCCAAGAGCUGCUCCUAAUGACCCCCAAAUCUCUGCUCAGGGAGGAACUGCUUUUUAAUAACCCCAAGGACAUCCCCCCUCAGGACUUGUCCUAAUGACCCUCAGAGCUCCUUUCCCAUUAGGAACUGCUCCUUUCAAGAAAUGUCCCAGUUUGCUGGCAAGUGAGGGGGUUCCCAAGACAUGCGACUUUGCGUUUUAAAAAUCGAGACAGUACUGAGCAAACUGGGGCAGGUUGGUUACCUUAUCAGGAACUCCUUGACCUCGGAAGUUACCCCUAAGCGUCCCCCACGCACUUCUACUUUAGGUAAGGGUUCUACUAACACCGCAGAAGACUGUCCCCACCCUUUCGUUAGAAACAUCCUACAACGGCCUCAUCAGCGACUUUACCCUGGCCAACUAGCCCAUUUCUAGGCACUCAACUCUUUCAAUCCAGAUUAGCUCCGGGCAGCCAGAAGUCCGCCUACGAUUGGCCAGUUUUGCGAUUCAGCCCAGAUGCUCAGUGGCCGCGGUCCCGAGUGGUACAGCGUUUCCUCCUGGCAACAGCGCGAGACAGCGCUCAUAGGCUGAGCAGAUUGAUAUGCCCGGACUUGGGGCGGCUACAGAGCGUGCUCAUUGGCUGUUUGAGGGCUUAUAGCAGCCCCCGGACUGGUUGACUCUGGGGAGCGGUGUACGGCUGCGCAGAGGCCGUCUUUAGAGGAGGCGGAGUUUCGUCCUUCGCCGGCUGGAAAAGCAGUGGGAUCGGCUAGUGGCGACAGCAGAAGUCGGGCCUUAGCCCUGCCGGGGCAGUGGGCUUUAAGUAAGAACCAGAGGGUUUUUGAAUCCUUUAGGUUUGUUGCUUCUGUAGCCUUGACCGUGAGCUCCGGUGGGGGAAGGGCGGAGGGCGGCCUUCAGCGAUUCCUGCCUGACCCAAGUGACUUCAAAAAAGAGGAAAAAUGGCUUCUGAAUCUGAAACCUUGAAUCCCAGUGCUCGGAUAAUGACCUUUUACCCGACUAUGGAGGAGUUCCGGAACUUCAGUCGUUACAUUGCCUACAUUGAAUCCCAAGGAGCUCAUCGGGCUGGGCUGGCCAAGGUUGUUCCUCCAAAGGAGUGGAAGCCACGAGUGUCCUAUGAUGAUAUUGAUGACCUGGUCAUUCCUGCCCCCAUUCAGCAGCUGGUGACUGGGCAGUCUGGCCUCUUUACUCAGUACAACAUACAGAAGAAAGCCAUGACUGUUCGAGAGUUCCGCAAGAUAGCCAAUAGCGAUAAGUACUGUACCCCACGCUAUAGUGAAUUUGAAGAGCUUGAACGGAAAUACUGGAAGAAUCUCACAUUCAAUCCCCCAAUCUAUGGUGCCGAUGUGAAUGGCACACUCUAUGAAAAGCAUGUUGAUGAGUGGAAUAUUGGCCGGCUGAGAACAAUCCUGGACUUGGUAGAAAAGGAAAGCGGGAUCACCAUUGAGGGCGUGAACACCCCAUACCUGUACUUCGGCAUGUGGAAGACAUCCUUUGCCUGGCACACCGAAGACAUGGACCUGUACAGCAUCAAUUACCUGCACUUCGGAGAACCCAAGUCCUGGUACUCCGUCCCGCCCGAGCAUGGAAAGCGGCUGGAGCGCCUGGCCAAAGGCUUUUUCCCAGGCAGUGCUCAAAGCUGUGAGGCUUUUCUCCGCCAUAAGAUGACCUUGAUUUCUCCUUUAAUGCUGAAGAAAUAUGGAAUUCCCUUUGACAAGGUGACUCAAGAAGCGGGAGAAUUUAUGAUCACCUUCCCUUACGGGUACCAUGCCGGCUUUAACCACGGCUUCAACUGUGCAGAGUCCACCAAUUUUGCUACCCGGCGGUGGAUCGAGUAUGGCAAACAAGCUGUGCUGUGCUCCUGCAGAAAAGACAUGGUGAAGAUCUCCAUGGAUGUGUUUGUGAGGAAGUUCCAGCCAGAAAGGUACAAACUCUGGAAAGCUGGGAAGGACAGCACCGUCAUCGACCACACUCUGCCCACGCCAGAAGCGGCCGAGUUUCUUAAGGAGAGUGAGCUGGCCCCAAGAGCCCAGGAGGAGGAGGAGUGCCUGGAGGAGGACGACAUGGAGGGAGUUGAGGAUGGAGAGGAGGGCGACCUGAAGCGGAGCCUGGCCAAGCACCGUAUCGGGACAAAGAGGCACCGAGUUUGCCUUGAAAUCCCACAGGAGGUGAGUCAGAGCGAGCUCUUCCCCAAGGAGGAGCUGGGCUCCGGACAGUACGAUAUGGUGGAGUGCCAGGCCGCCCUUGCUCCCGUGAGGCCCACCCACAGCUCCGUGCGCCAGGUCGAGGAUGCUCUCACCUUCCCAGAUUAUUCCGACUCCACUGAAGUCAAAUUUGAAGAGCUUAAAAACGUCAAGCUGGAGGAUGAGGAGGACGAGGAGGACGAGGAGGAUCAGGAAGCGGCGGCCUUGGACCUUUCCCUGAAUCCAGCUUCCCUCGGGGGCCGCCUCAUCUUCCCAGGUUCCAAAAAGAAUUCAUCUUCCAGCCUGGGCUCUGGCUCUUCACGGGAUUCUAUUUCUUCCGAUUCAGAAACCAGUGAGCCCCUGUCCUGCCGAGCCCAAGGGCAAACGGGAGUCCUUACUGUGCACAGCUACGCCAAAGGGGACAGCAGGGUCCCCUCGGGAGAGCCAUGCGUGAGAAAGAAAGGGGGUGCCGCCAGGAGCAUCAGUGAGCGGGAGUUGGCUGAGGUUGCGGAUGAAUACAUGUUUUCCCUGGAGGAGAGUAAGAAGUCCAGGGGCCGUCGUCAGCCCUUGAGCAAGCUCCCCCGCCACCACCCGCUCGUGCUGCAGGAUUGCGUCAGCGAUGAGGAGAUAUCAGAACAGCUGACCCCUGAGGAGGAGGCUGAGGAGACAGAGGCCUGGGCCAAGCCCCUGAGCCAGCUAUGGCAGAACCGACCUCCCAACUUUGAGGCCGAGAAGGAAUUCAACGAGGCCAUGGCCCAGCAGGCCCCUCAUUGCGCCGUCUGCAUGAUCUUUCAGACUUACCAUCAGGUGGAGUUUGGAGGCCUUAGUCAGAACGGUGGCAGUGCUGCAGAUUUAGCGCCGCAGAAGCAGAGGACCAAGCCAUUGAUUCCAGAAAUGUGCUUCACCUCGACUGGCUGCAGCACGGACAUCAACCUGUCCACGCCUUACCUCGAGGAGGACGGCACCAGCAUCCUCGUGUCCUGCAAGAAGUGCAGCGUCCGGGUCCACGCCAGUUGCUACGGGGUCCCCCCUGCAAAGGCUUCUGAAGACUGGAUGUGUUCUCGGUGUUCGGCCAAUGCCCUGGAAGAGGAUUGCUGCUUGUGCUCAUUACGAGGAGGCGCCCUGCAGAGAGCCAAUGACGACAGGUGGGUCCAUGUGUCAUGUGCAGUGGCGAUUCUGGAAGCGAGAUUUGUCAACAUUGCAGAAAGAAGUCCAGUGGAUGUGAGCAAAAUUCCCCUGCCCCGCUUCAAACUGAAAUGCGUCUUCUGUAAGAAACGGAGGAAAAGAACUGCUGGCUGCUGUGUGCAGUGUUCUCACGGCCGUUGCCCAACUGCCUUCCACGUGAGCUGUGCUCAGGCUGCGGGAGUGAUGAUGCAACCAGAUGACUGGCCUUUUGUUGUCUUCAUUACCUGCUUUCGGCACAAGAUCCCCAAUUUGGAGCGUGCCAAGGGGGCCUUGCAGAGCAUCACUGCCGGCCAGAAGGUCAUUAGCAAGCACAAGAAUGGGCGCUUCUACCAGUGUGAGGUCGUGAGGCUCACCACCGAGACCUUUUACGAAGUCAACUUUGAUGACGGCUCCUUCAGUGACAAUCUCUAUCCCGAGGACAUAGUGAGUCAGGACUGUCUCCAGUUGGGUCCUCCUGCUGAAGGGGAAGUAGUCCAAGUGAGAUGGACAGACGGCCAAGUCUAUGGAGCCAAGUUUGUGGCCUCCCACCCCAUCCAGAUGUACCAGGUGGAGUUUGAGGAUGGCUCACAGCUUGUGGUUAAGAGAGAUGACGUGUACACCCUGGAUGAAGAGCUUCCCAAGAGAGUCAAGUCUAGACUGUCAGUAGCCUCAGACAUGCGCUUCAAUGAGAUUUUCACAGAGAAAGAGGUUAAGCAGGAAAAGAAACGGCAACGAGUCAUCAACUCAAGAUACCGGGAAGAUUACAUUGAGCCUGCACUGUACCGGGCCAUCAUGGAGUAGGUGCUUCCAGCCGCCAAGAGAGUCCCAGCCGUCAAGGCAAAAGCACUCUGGGGUUCCACAGCACAGCAGACACUCGGAACUCUGAAGUCUGUAAGAGUGAACUGUAAAAUGAAAAGGAAUGAAAUAACCAACCCCAUCAUCGUCUCACCCCACCCUCCUCGCAUUCCACUGUAGUGAAAGGACAAACCGUUCUCGGACAUGCGGCAGCAGCCGCUGAUCUCCCAGCUGAGAGGCUGAGCACUGGAACGCUGCGGCUGCACUGGACCCAGUCUGUAACGGGGUCGACUGCGCUGGCUGGGCUGGUUGCCCUGUUCCUGGCCUUGAACUUCCUGAUGAUCACCUGCACCAACUAGGCAGAGGUGCUGGUGCUUGCCCCCUCCCCCUUUUUGUAUUUAUAUAUGUGUGUGUGUGUGUGUGUGUGUGUGUGUGUGUGUGUGUGUGUGUGUGUGUGUGUGUGUGUGUGUGUGUGUGUGUGUCUGUACGUAUGUAUGUUUGUAUGUUUGGUCUGGACCAGCUUCUGCCAGCCCCUGGCCUUUACUUUCUUCCUUGCCUAUCCAGGGCGACAAAAAUGUGACAUUCUGCCCUCAGCGGAGCUGAGUAGGGGUCCCUGGGGGUUGGCUGGAGAUGGCUGUGGCAUCUGUUUGUUCCUGGAACUGCCUCCGGCGGGUGCUGGCAAAGCUGCAGUGGUGAAAUGCUAAGGAGAUAAUGCCACCUCUUUGCCCUCUCUUGAAGGAGAAGAUAGGGGUAAUGUGGGUGUGUUCCCAUAUCACUAGGCACAGAGCCCCUGUGGACAGUAUUAGAGGGUGUGGGUGGGGAGUACUCUGACGGGGCAUCUAAUGAUGGAAGCAGGCAGAGCCUGGCGGGUGAUUCUGUCAACAGAAAAUUGCAAUCAUGCAGGGGCUGAGAGGAUUAAGAUGAACUGGGGCCACUGGAGGCCAGGGGGCAGGUUUAGAUUUGUCCCCUGGUCUGGGGGUGGGCGGGAUCUGAUUUGGGAGGGGGGUGGGACUGGAGGGCAACACUGAAGGGGUUAAACAGGUUUUUGCUCCUCAUGAAUUUGUUUGCCUGGGCCCAGGAUUGGAGGGCUUCACACAUAUACCCUGUGUAUACAAGAAUCAGAUUUAUAAUACUUCCCCUUUUUUGUUACGUAUGAACGCUAUAAACCAAAUUAUUUUGAAAACCGGUGCAUCACCUUGUCCUUAGCAAUAAAAUGUGUUGAGCAGAGGAUUGGCUGUGUCUGCCCCAAGGAGCCUGAGUGGCCCAGGGUCAGGCCAGGAGUAUAUUUAGAGUUAUAGGUUCUGGAGCAGGGCCACGCAUUUUAAGAAGUCUCAGGCAGGAUCUAGGAUACCCUCCUAGAGAGAUGGGCUCCUUGUCAAGUUCUGGUCCUGUGGCUCUGAAUGCUGGGACCUGGGAAGCAGAGGCACCUCCGGCCAUGAGUACCUCCUUUUGCUUCUCUUGCCCUAGAGAUGGGAAGGGAGAGGUAAUAGAGGAAGGAUCAGACCACUCCCACAACCUGUAGAACUGAGUUUGGUCUCUCUCAUCUCGACCCCACUUAAUAACUUCAUUGAGCCAGGUGUAACUUUAUGCCAGUCUGUUCCAUAAAAAUUGUAGAACCAGCUUGAAAGAAGGCCAUACUUUUUAGGUGCUUAGGUGCUUGAAGAGCAAAAGAUCAACAUACAUCCUCCACCCGGCCAAUUCCCUUGGGUCCUGAAGCUGUUCUGAGCUGCCUGUAGUUGGUGAGAUGCUUUUCUGGAGAAAGAUCCAGUCCCUUUGACCUCCAGUGGGUUUCUGAGGCCCAGGUGGACAAGGAUAGAACAGCAGCAGGGCAGGGAGGGGCCAGUGAAUUGGGCACAGCAGAGCUGUUCAGCUGGCAGAGCUGUUCAGCUGGUCUUGGACAGCUAGGCACUAGGUCCUAUUUCUUGGCUCCAGCCAGGUGUGGGAGAAUCUUGGGUCAGCUCAGCAACUCAAUGCUUGUGUCCUGGGGCUUGGGAGGUGGCUGCCACCUCUGGUGUCUGUGGGGGAAGGGAGGAGCAGCAGAUCUCAAAGAUACUUUUCUUUGCCAGUUCCCUCCUGGGGCCAAGAAAGGGAGGUUGACUUUUGUCCAGCACCCAAGGAUUCCUAGGGGAGAGUGGACAGAGCCAGGCCUUAAUGAAUUGGCAACCCCUGGGAACACACAUCUUUGGAGGGAAGGAACACUUCCCCACACUUGGCAGAGGUCCCAGACCUCCCUACCUCUCACUGACCCUGCC